CCCACUUCCGCCUCAGUCAGCUGUCAGAGAGAGGGAGAGAGAGAGGAGGAAACAAGGGGAAAAAAAACAACAACAAUCAGCCACGGACCACGGCCAAGAUGUCUAACCUUUCCGACAACUUCAGCGGCUACACCAUGACCCAGCUCAACGAGAUCUUAGAAGACGACGAAAAACUCACGAAAAUGGUUCAGGAAAUGGACGAGAUGCGCGAAGUCCAGCAGAGCAAAGAGGAGACGCUGCUCAACAACAGGACUUUGGCCGAGCAGAACUUGGCCCUUCAGCCCAAACUGGAGCAUCAGAAGGAACAGCUCACCAAACGCUACAGCUGCCUACAGGAGCGCUUUGAGUUCUACCAGCUCCGCAAGUCCACGCUCGACCACAAAUCUGGAAACACAUCACUGGACACGCUGCUGGCUUUGCUUCAGGCCGAAGGAGCAAAGAUCGAGGAGGACACAGAGAACAUGGCCGACUGCUUCCUGGAUGGCGACAUGACCCUGGACUCGUUCAUCGAUUCGUACCAGAGUCAGAGGAAGCUGGCGCACCUACGGCGGGUGAAGAUCGAGAAGCUCCAGGAGAUGGUUUUGAAGGGCCAGCGCCUCCCCCAGGCCCCCGUGCCCGCCCCCCGCUCUCAGCAGGACAUCCCCUUCCAGCCCUCCACGCCCCAGAUCCCAGAAGACGCCAACAACAGCUCUCCGCUCGCCCUCGCCCGGAGAAAACCCCCGCCUCCCCCCUCUCAGCCCGCACCAGUUCUGACCCAACCGCAGCAGCCGUCCGUUUUCCACACGCCGUCGCCCUCCCCGUACCCGCCCAUCCCCCCUCGGACCGGCCAGCCUUUCCCGAACGUCCAGGGGUAUCCUUUCUUGGCACAGUACGCCCCGGCUCUGCCCCAGCGCCCCCCGCCCAGAAUGGCCCCUCAGCCCGGCUUCAUCAUGCAGUAAAAGCGAUGCAGCUGAACUCUUCAAAGUUUUUUUUUGUUUUUUUGUUUUAAAUCCCACCAAAAUGAGCGUGUGUUGUAUGCGCGAGGUUUUAAGGCAGGCGCCCGUCCGCUAACAAUCGGCUGGUGGCGACGUAGAGAUCGGGGUCGCGUUGGCAAACCGCAAAGCAUUCUGGGACGAGCGGGCAGACGGAGAAGCAAUAGUGGAGCAAUUUAGGGUGCAAAGUUUUCAGAUUUUUGAAUGCGAUGUUGACAGGAGACGAUUGAUACUUUGCAGCUGACGUCAUCAACAUUCCCUUGGGGUGUGAUGCUUACUAAAGGCACCGCUCUGUCUGAAACUCCGUCGCUCACGUUAGAUUUUAAUCCGAGUUUUGUUUUAACGCAAUAGUUGAGCUGAUUCGUGCUGUUAAACUUUUUUUUUUGUUGAAUGUCAAACUCUUAAAUGGGACCAUGAGCACACGUGAAAAUGUGUUUAGUUAAAUCCAUAUUGUAUUUUUAAAACUUCUAAAACUUUUUUGGCAGUGUUUGCUAUUGUGCUUUGCGUUACCAUGGUAACUGCUGACCAUUCUACCAUAGAUAUACAUGUAGACUUCCCACCCCAGCGUGAUGUCACUGCAAAGUAUCAAUAGAAUAUUUUGUCAUUUUGAAUUCCCCGAAGUAAAAUCCAAAAAUUUUGAAAUGUUUGAAGAGAACAGAUAGAGCUCUUCACUGAGUCAUAAAAAAGUAAAAAAAAAAAAAAAAAAAAAACUACAGGUGCUCUAUAAGGGUCAAAAAACUGAACGUAAGCACUUACUGGAAAACGUAAAAAUGUAAAAACCUUGCUCAUUUUUUACAUUUUCCAGUAAGGAUUACAAAUCCGUGCAUCAUUCGUUUUUCAAUAUAAACCAAAAAUAAGAAAAUGAAAAAACAAGUUUUCUUCAUUAUUUGUCUCCAAAACCAAAAUGAAAAAACGGAUAAUGAUUCGGCCGUUUCCAAUUUACGUGACUUCUGUGACUGCGAUGCCAGACUGAACCAGGACUGAUCCAGGUCUGAGACCAGAUCGGAACCAGACCGGGACCAGACUGAGACAGAGACCAGGCUGGGGCCAGACCGGAGGCUCAGAGCCCACGGCAUGGCCGGAGCUCAAAGCUGAGGCUCGGAGUCAGAGCUCGGAGUCAGAGCUCGGAGUCAGAGCUCGGAGUCAGAGCUCGGGUCCUGCUCUGGUCCCGGUCUCGGUCUCGGUCUCGGUCCUGGACCUGGAUCAGCCCUGGUUCAGUCCGUAUGCAGUGCAAAAGUUCGGCAUCACAGUCACAGAACGGGAAACGGGAAACGGUCAUUAUCCGUUUUUUCCAUUUUUCAUUUAAACACAAAAUCGAAAACUGAAAAAACUAAUCAUUAUCUGUUUUUUCCUUUUGGUUUUAGAGACAAAUAAUGAAGAAUGUUUUUUCAUUUUCUUAUUUUUGGUUUUAUAUUGAAAAACGAAUGAUACACAGAUUGUUACAUUCUGUUGAGACGAUUUAGUUUUUUGGUAAUUGCACACUAACAAUAUAAAAUUUGUCUGCCGUCCUAUCUGAAUGCAACUUAGAAAUGUCUCUGUCAUGAUUAAUAAUACAAAUCUAUACAUGUUUUUUUUAUGUUUGCCUGUUCGGACCUAUAGCUGUGUCCCACUUUUGUUCCACCAAAUACCAAUGUGCUUUUUGAACGCUAACAACGAAGUCAGUUGAGACUCUCGAUUGGGAUGGGGCAAGAUCUCAUGCCACAAGACAAAAAUGCCACGAGAUUAAAACUGAAAAUGAUCUCGUGAGAUUUUUUCCUUAUGUUUUUACGAUUGGAUUGAAAAAAAAAAAGAGCACUGGCGAGUUUUAGGAGAAUGCGCAUUUAUUAUAGCCUAAAUAAUGCCAAAAUCUCGUCUUGUCUCGUUCUCGUAGAUCCAAUCUCGUGUCUCGUCUUGUGGAAAUUGCAUCUCGUCCCACCCCCAAUUCUCGAUCAGUUCUUGGUAAUUUUGUACUGAUUGGUGGCAGUUGUGACGCUGUCGAAACAGAACCGAGCCAGGAGGUAGCCGGUUUAAUUCCCGCUCCAGUCUGGUAAAGGAACGGUGUAAAACGGACAAAUUACCAAAACCAACUGAUUCAAAAGCCGAUUGUUGGCGUGUUUCAACCAUUGAAAACAUGAACGUGAGAGACUUGAGUCAGAAAAUAGGAUUCUCACAGCGGGAUCUCUUGAUUGUCGACCUGCCAACCUGCCGACCUGCCUUUUUGGAACCUGGGACCAAGCAUGGAACGCGUUGGUCUAACUGGAAAUUUUCUUGAACAAUCGUCAUUUCUACGCCAUAUAUCCAUGUAUCAACACUCCUCUGGCAAACUGCGUGACUAGUUCAGACCAAAAUAUCGUACUGAAAAAAAAUCAUUAUACCCAUUGAAUUCUUUCCAUUUUAGAAUGUAGUAACUUGAAAGCUUCCAAAUUGCGAUUUUGGAAGCUUUAAUCAUUGGAAUUCAUCUCAUGCAGAAGUAAAUGCUCUAUUUUUGUCGGUGGGAACCUAAAAACACGAGGUCCCCCUAACAUCAGAUACAAGAGAUAAAAAAAUACAACAUAUUUUUGCAAAACUUUUAAAAAUUAUGGUUUUUAUGUUGUUAUUACAAGUUAAUUUGACCUGAUUUUUAAUUUACUGGAUUAGUUUUAAUAUCAGAUUGCAACAUAAUCCAAUAAUUGCGAGGGGUGUGCCCACUGGAUAUGAGGAAGGUUAUUAUGAAAUCUGUAAAUGGGUUGCCAGGUUUGGACUAGUCUUUUAUCUGCACUUUUUUCUAUCCAGACAUUGAGGUAUAUUGUUUUUUUAAUGUUUUAAAUGUUAUGCCAAGUCUACACACUCUAAUUUUGUGAACUGAUAAUUCUCUUUGACUUUUAAAGCUUUUUUAGAACUACUUGCAAGUAUGUAGACUAAUUUAAAGGUGCGCUGUGUAACUUUUUGGUUGAGGGUCCGUCACCUGCUUGUUUCUAUGGGUAUGUCACUGCUCUACCUGGAAUGUUCCACAGUGUGACAUUACUGUAUUUUUCGGAUUAUAAGGCGCAAUAUCAGUAAUGUUGAAUUCUCUCGUCUGUUUUCAUACAUAAGGCGCAUUAGGCGAAACAGAACAGAUAAGAUAAACUUUACUCAGCUCAUUCACAAGAACUCAACACUGUCCAGUUGUGACACAUAAAUACAAAACAAUACACUCGCUUUUUCAGUUCAUUCCUCUUCCACAAAUCCAUCAAACUCUUCAUCUUCAGUUUAACAGUUGGGCAAUUUCAGCCUUAUCCCUCUCGUCAUGAUCCGGGUCGGCCUCUUCGUGAAAGCUCGGACGACACUUGAGACUGAUCCCUUAGCCCAGGCGUCUCCUCUGUCUUGGUGAAUGUGUGUUACUCCGCGAGGCUCCUGACUACAGUCGCUGUAACGCUCCAGCAAUCCAUCAAGGCUUCGUAGUUUACCAAAGUCGUACUGAAACAUUUUAACUGAUUUUUGAGCGCCAUGUACUACAUAAAAUCGGUUCGAGGUCAGUAAGCACAACCGGAAUUAAUACAUGAGCCACACUGUUAAGUUUUGAGAAAAUUAAAGGAUUUAAAGUGCGCCUUAUAGUUCGUAAAAUACGGUAAACAGCUCUACCUUACAUUUAUUUAAUUACAAGUGGUUUUAUAGGUGAAAAACAGACAUUCUGACUGUGAGCAGGGUCGCCUCUCCACAGAUCUUACCUGGAUAUGUCAUUACUCUGCCUGGAAUGUUCCACAGUAUGACAUUUAACAGCUCUACUUUACAUUUAUUCGAUUACAGGUGGUUUUAUAGCUCAAAACCACCUAAAAAAAAACAUUCUGACUGUGAGCAGGGUCGCCUCUCCACAGAUCUGACCUGUAACUUGGGCUGGUUUGGUCUCCAUGGAAAUAGAAAGGUUUAAUAACGUACUGUGAAACAUUCAGGACAAAGCAACAACAUCUCCAUGGAGAAAAGCAUUUGACGGACGCACCACUACAAAAGUUACACAAUGCAGCUUUAAAUUGAAAACGAAGGGAGUGGGUUAAUGCGCACUGUUGUUGUUGUUUCCCUGGGCAAGACACCAGAAUGUAAGGGCAUCUGGUGUAAAAACAGACCAUUUCACUAACUCCGUGUGACGUCGGAUUACAAAAUGAUCAGUGGGUAGAUCUGGCAUUUUCUUUUCGGUGUCUGGUGUAUAUAGUUUUCCUUUGUAACGCAAUUUUUAAAUGUAUAUGCAAGUCAAUGAGACCUGAAUUACUGUGCAGUUUAGAUGAACAUUUCCGGUUUUAACUCCAGGCAAAACUGCAUCUAUGCUGUGAUGUUUAGUUUGUAUUAUAAUUUCACACGGUACAUAGGUAUAUUUAAUGUCAGCAUUAUUUUAUUAGACUAUAUUGUACUAAUGUUUUUAAUUUAAAUACACAAAAUAGACUGAUUUGAAAAUACAGGGAGCGCGCUUUCAAGAUGGCGGACUGGUAAGGAGCAUGGAGCUAUAAUCAAAACUGGAUAAGGUGUUCCCGCUCUGUCCCGCUCGAGACAGACUAGUGGCCGCUCCAGGUACUGCGGCCUCCGGGAGCUUGGUCCCAGAAAAAUCGUCUCUGUUCACGCUCACGUCACAAACCAGGAAGACGUUUGGAAACAUGCGAUGACGACUUCCGCUGGGCUCUGUUCGCGGUGGUAAGUCUGACAAAAUCUAGGAGAAAAAUUAGAAAAAAAAAUGUCCCAGUCAUUGUAGCGUUCCAGUCCAAUGAGAUUCAUUUGGUCUUCCGAUAUUUUAUGUUAUUAGGUUCUUUUUUCAGACCUAGAGUUUCGUUUCAUACCUGCAACAUCACGUGACCACUCUGAGGAAUAGUGCUAGUGAGCAGUCGAAACUGUCAGGUAUGAAACAAAACUCUAGGUCUGAAAAAAGAAACUAAUAACAUAUUAUUGUGUUCCGUUAUGUUCAGCUCAUCAACAGUUCCAACCAUACCUUAGUUUUCUUCAUUUCCGCACUGACUCACAACUGGGUGCACUGGGUAUUAGGGAUGGGCAUUUGAUAAAAUUUUCUUAAUGGAUCAUCGGGAGAAUUAACGUUUGAUUAUCGAUUAAAUAUUAACUUUUUCAUGUUUUUGGAGUCCUGGCAAAGCGUUUUCCCACUGGACACCGAUAUAAAAGAAUGAGGACUUCGCACAUCAGUUACUUGAGAUGGGUGCGUUGGAGGAGAGGGAGCAGCCCAAGAACAUGGAGAAAAAUCCGGCACACCUUCUUACUUGCAAAUUGUGAGAUUUAUUAUCACAAACCGUGCAACGUUUCGGCACUAGGCCUUAGUCAGGAAAACCACUAGGCCUAUUUGUCCUAAUAAAUCUCACAAUUUUCAAGUAAGACGGUGUGCAGGAUUUUUCUCCAUCCCACUGGACACUAAAACAUAUGUGCUGCGUUGUACACUGUGCACAUGGACUCCCACUUAUCCCGACCGGAACAGAAAGCGUGAAAUUUCUUGUACAAGUCAUCGUUAAAUACACAUUUGCGUUUCGACACUUUGCAGACUGACCAACUGUUUGUGUCUCGCUCCUUCUGAGUGCAGAGAGACACAUGUACAGACCCUGUUUGGUCACGCUACACACAGCAACCUACAUUCGGUUUGUCGAUUAAAAUGAACGUAAUCGAUGAAAUUCUUAAUGAUUAAUUAUUGAUUAAUCAACUAAUCAUGCCCAUCCCUAGUUUGUACAGUGUGAGAACAUGAUUCGUGAGCUGUGAACUUUUAAACCCUGCGUUUUGGUCGUACAGUUUAAGCUGGGGCUGAGUGACACAGCAUAAUGUGAUACAACACAUGAACAGUGACAUUAAACCGCUCCACCCUUCCUAAUGCCAUUCCAGUUUAUGUGUUUAUGAGUUUAAGAUCCCACACACACUCGGCUUUGUUUGACUUUGGUUUCUCUUCGCUGCAGAAACACGACUCCUCCUCAGAGAUGUCAAACUAGGGACGGGACAAAGACAUCAGAUCUUUUAAGGAGCUGUUGUGUUUGUCUCUCCUCGAUAUUAUAUUAAAUUAUAUAACUAUAUAAUCAGUCUUAUGUUAUAAUUUGCAUUUUCAUCAUUAAAUACGUAUUUGCGUUUCGGCACGUUGCAGACUGACCAACUGUUUGUGUCUCGCUCAGAGAGCUACAUGUCCGGACCCUCCUUUGGUCUCCCUACGCUACACACAGCAACCUACAUUCAGUUUGUCGAUUAAAAAUGAAAGUAAUCGAUGAAAUUCUUAAUGAUGAAUUAUCGAUUAAUCGACUAAUCAUGCCCAUCCCUACUGCGUACAUGUGAUUAGAAGAGAUGAGGUGCCAAAUUCCAGAUGAUUCCAAACGGCACAAACGUCUGCAGUCUUUAUUUUACCGCUGAUCACAUUUACUUCAGUGGGUUUGAUCACAGUCGGUCGAAGCCCAGUGUCGGGAACUACACCGGGAGUCGUCAUCGUGUGUUUCCAAACAUCUUCCUCGUUUGUGAUGUAAGUGUGAUGAGAGCCUAUCCUCCCACAGAGUGCAAAAAACGCAUUUCUUGGGAAUUCAAACUGCCCGUUUUUGACUGACGGGGCAUCCAGUUUUCACAAAGGUCCGAUUUUGUAGGAUUUUCUGUUUUCACAACAUAAACAUAUUGAGGAAGUGACGCAGAAGAGGAAAUAGUUUUUGGGCCCAUGAGCCUUUGAGCUCAGACCACUGAAAACAACAUGAUGCCGUCUUGGGUUCACCUUCAGAUUUGAUUAUCGUUCUGUGGUGAGGAGGUGAUCACUGCGAGUCUUGUACUAGAAAGCCAUGAAUGUUCGGUUCAAUAAAAUAAAUGAUGAAACUAGUCUUGUUUUGAA